AUGAGAACUUACCGGUACUUCUUGCUACUCUUUUGGGUUGGUCAGCCCUACCCAACUUUCUCAACCCCGUUAUCUAAGAGGACUAGCGGUUUCCCAGCAAAGAAAAGGGCCCUGGAGCUCUCUGGAAACAGCAAAAAUGAGCUGAACCGUUCGAAAAGGAGCUGGAUGUGGAAUCAGUUCUUUCUCCUGGAGGAAUAUACAGGAUCCGAUUAUCAGUACGUGGGCAAGUUACAUUCAGACCAGGAUAGAGGAGAUGGAUCACUUAAAUAUAUCCUUUCAGGAGAUGGAGCAGGAGAUCUCUUCAUUAUCAAUGAAAACACAGGGGAUAUCCAAGCCACCAAGAGGCUGGACAGGGAAGAAAAACCUGUUUACAUCCUUCGAGCUCAAGCUGUAAACAGAAGGACAGGGAGGCCUGUGGAGCCCGAAUCCGAAUUCAUCAUCAAGAUCCAUGACAUCAAUGACAACGAACCAAUAUUUACCAAGGAUGUUUACACAGCCACUGUUCCUGAAAUGUCUGAUGUUGGCACAUUUGUUGUCCAAGUUACUGCAACUGAUGCUGAUGAUCCAACUUAUGGGAACAGUGCUAAAGUUGUGUAUAGUAUCCUACAGGGGCAGCCCUAUUUUUCAGUUGAAUCAGAAACAGGUAUCAUCAAGACAGCUUUGCUCAACAUGGAUCGAGAAAACAGAGAGCAGUACCAAGUGGUGAUUCAAGCCAAGGAUAUGGGUGGCCAGAUGGGGGGAUUAUCUGGGACCACCACAGUGAACAUUACGCUGACUGAUGUCAACGACAACCCUCCCCGGUUUCCCCAGAGUACAUACCAGUUUAAGACCCCCGAAUCUUCUCCGCCUGGUACACCAAUUGGCAGGAUCAAAGCCAGCGACGCUGACACGGGAGAAAAUGCUGAAAUUGAGUACAGCAUUACAGAGGGAGAGGGGCUGGACAUGUUUGAUGUUGUCACCGACCAGGAAACCCAGGAAGGGGUCAUUACUGUCAAAAAGCUCUUGGACUUUGAAAAGAAGAAAGUGUACACCCUCAAGGUGGAAGCCUCCAAUCCUCAUGUUGAACCCCGCUUUCUCUACCUGGGUCCAUUCAAAGAUGCAGCUACAGUCAGAAUUAUGGUGGAAGAUGUGGAUGAGCCCCCUGUCUUCAGCAAACUGGCCUACAUCCUACAGAUAAGAGAAGAUGCUCAGAUAAACACGACAAUAGGCUCAGUCACAGCCCAAGAUCCAGAUGCUGCCAGGAAUCCUGUCAAGUAUUCUGUUGAUCGACACACAGAUAUGGACAGAAUAUUCAACAUUGAUUCUGGAAAUGGUUCAAUUUUUACGUCGAAACUUCUUGACCGAGAAACACUGCUGUGGCACAACAUUACAGUGAUCGCAACAGAGAUCAAUAAUCCAAAGCAAAGCAGCCGAGUCCCUCUAUAUAUUAAAGUUCUAGAUGUCAAUGACAAUGCCCCAGAAUUUGCUGAAUUUUAUGAAACCUUUGUCUGCGAAAAAGCAAAAGCAGAUCAGUUGAUUCAGACCCUACGAGCCAUUGACAAAGAUGACCCUUACAGCGGGCACCAAUUCUCCUUCUCUUUGGCCCCGGAAGCAGCCAGUGGUUCAAACUUUACCAUUCAAGACAACAAAGAUAACACGGCAGGAAUCUUAACUCGGAAAAAUGGCUACAACAGACACGAGAUGAGCACCUACCUCCUGCCCGUGGUGAUUUCAGACAACGACUACCCAGUCCAGAGCAGCACAGGGACAGUGACUGUCCGGGUCUGUGCAUGUGACCACCACGGCAACAUGCAGUCCUGCCACGCGGAGGCCCUCGUGCACCCCACGGGCCUGAGCACAGGGGCCCUGAUCGCCAUCCUUCUGUGCAUCGUGACCCUACUAGUGACAGUGGUGUUGUUUGCAGCUUUGAGGCGGCAGCGGAAAAAAGAACCUUUGAUCAUCUCCAAAGAGGACAUCAGAGACAACAUUGUCAGUUAUAACGACGAAGGUGGUGGUGAGGAGGACACCCAGGCCUUCGAUAUCGGCACCCUGAGGAACCCCGAAGCCAUAGAGGACAGCAAAUUACGCAGGGACAUCGUGCCCGAGGCCCUUUUUCUACCCCGACGGACUCCCGCAACUCGCGACAACACCGACGUCCGGGAUUUCAUUAACCAAAGGUUAAAGGAGAAUGACACGGACCCCACCGCCCCGCCCUACGACUCCUUGGCCACCUACGCCUACGAGGGCACCGGCUCGGUGGCCGAUUCGCUGAGCUCGCUGGAGUCGGUGACCACGGAUGGAGACCAAGACUACGACUACCUUAGUGACUGGGGCCCCCGGUUCAAAAAGCUCGCAGACAUGUACGGAGGCGUGGACAGUGACAAAGACUCCUAA